AUGGACCAAUCCCCUGCUCCUUGCCAGCAACGAGGGCUUAUAUUCCUCCCCGAAGAGUUGAUCAUAAAAAUCCCGACUCACACUACACCAUACUCGGAGGGCCUUCGAUGCAUUCUGAAACAGGAUAACCACGCCCUUCCACAUUGGACUGCCCAUGGAGAGCGGGACGUGGCCAGACUAAGUGGCGAGUCUCAAAAGCGGAGCGAAGACUUGGGUCAGAUACUAGGAAGGAAACUGCUAUGCCAGACUUGCCGAACAUAUUCGAUCUCUGAGAACGAUCUCUGCAGAAGCAGGGACAACGCCGGUCUGUUUAAGCCGAAGUAUUCCAUCUCAUCCGGCCUGGCUAUUCAGGGGCAACGAAUGCCCGUCCCAGAAUGGGUUCGUUCGGUUCUGUCCACACGUUUUGGCCUCGGGGCAACUGCUCAGGGAUGCCACAAAGGCAUGGUACACCAGCAGGAGACAUUGUCAGACAUGGGACAUGGAAUCGACCUUGGCACCCGUGGUAGAGCUUCCACCGGCGAGGGUACCAUUCGGUUCUUCCAUCGCGGAUCCGAUUUUCCGUCCACACUGGAGCCGCAGGACUUCGACGAGUUCUUCACAGUUGACAACAUGAAGCACGCUCUCUCCGAAUCAAAAAUUGCCAACGCCUACGUGUGUCCGCAUGUCGCGUCCCGCAACCGACGGCUUCCAAGCAUGGUAGAAGCACUUAUUCACCAAUUGGUGCGUGAUGCCCCGAUCCUGCUUUCUGAACAGCUCAAGCUGGUGGAAGGCGUUUGCACCGGGGCAGACGCAGACGGGGAUGGAGAUGGAGACAAGCACAGGCACACCGCGCGCUAUUGCGAUGCUGGAUUCCCCGUGACAUGUGAAUGUGAGCGCCCUACGAAUGCUUGGUUAGCAUGGGCCAGAAGGAGUGCGUGGCGGUACGCCUCAGGACAUGGUGGAAGACAGCAUGAUCGGGAUCAUUCGCAGCGGUUCCCUCCAUCACGCUCGUUAUUCGCCGGGUUUGUCUGCUGGAUAGGGCGACAAGGCGACGUGGCUCGAGGACACUUUGAAGGCCGCGAGCUGUUUUUGGGCAGGACAGACUAA